AUCAGUCCGGUUAGGGCGACAGGCGGAGGCAGAGUCGGUUUGUGAAGCGAAAAAGUAAGGAAAAUUUUAUGUUAAGUAACGACGGUCAACAUCGCGGAGACAACAGUUUAAGCUCAGAACGCUAGCUGGUCACAUCGACCUAUAGGUACCGGAAAUUCGGUCGGUUAGCUACAGAUUGUUGCACAUGUUGUUUUGCAAACGUCAACUGGAAGUCUUUUUUUCAUUUUUCGCUAUAUGUCGCGAGUUCGUGAGAUUUGGGAAAUUGCUCCCACAGAGACGAUUUUACGAGGGAUCAGCAGACUAUCUUGUGCAAUCCUGAUUAAUCACUUAUUUCGAUGAAAAUACAGCAAUUACUCGUAUUGAGUUAGACCGUGAGCAGAUCGGUAAACGAGUGCGGGGAGGAAACGAAUAAAAAUAAAUCAAAAUUUGGAUGCGACAUCAAAACAAGUGCAUUCGCGGGAAGACGAUGUGCACGUUGUAAUGUGGUGUGUGAUGAAGAUUCGAUUUUCUUCGUUUUCUGAAGAGAGUCGCAGACGCAGCGAACAAGAAGAAAUAGCGAGUAAAUAAAUAAAAUAACAGUGCGAAGGCAAAUAUACGAUAAAAUUAAAACAUUUUCCGGACAAGUUGUUCGACGAUUUCGGCGCGAGAACCGAAGAGGUGCAAGAAUUUGAAUUUCGGGUCCUCGAUUCAGUGUCGGCUCUUGUGAUAAUGUGCCACGAAGUACGAAACAAACAGAAAACAAGUAAGACAGAGGCAAAAUCAGAUGAUCGUUAUCGGUAACGUGCUUGCUGUUGGAAGAAACGUGUUCAGAUCUCAGGUGGAAGGAGAGUAAAUACUUACCUAGUGUUUGUGUUUGUAUGCGAAACGAAAAAAGUGCGUGCGGUUUUCGAACAGGUCCAGAAGAAGUGGAAAAUUAAGGUGCAAUUUUACAACUGGCAAUCACGCAGCACGCGAAACAAGUGCGGUUGAGAAGAUUAUUUCUGCGGUUUUGUUCGGAUUGUGCGGGAAGAAAUAGAAUUAGCAUAACUCAUUCUCAAGAUAUAAAACAACCAAGCUUGGAACGGUAGGCCUGGCGGUGAACAAGUUGCCGCUUUCGGACAAAUUCCUACUCCCAUGCGCACUAGAAUUUAUACUUCUAUACUUACUCUACGUCUACUAGCACUGACCGUGAAGCAAAACGCACUAAAAUUUUAAAGUAUAAUAUAUUUGCGCUCGCGUUCAAUUAAACUUUGGCGUUAAUCUGCAAUAGUGCAGUUGCACCUAAUUAUUAGAACGUGCAGCCGGCUGAUUUUCGUCCGCAAUAGCAAAGGUUAAAACAAGUUACACAAACAUCGAUCAAUUAAGUCUAUUAAGUUAGCUUAGACCCCCGGGUGCAAUUAUCUCGGAGUAACGUGAUUAUGCACUAGGAUGGGUAAACUGGUACGAAUACGACAAGCAACGACAGGAAGCAAUACCUAUCAUCCUGCCAAGAUGAUAACCGAAUUAUAUAUCAGCUUCAAACGAACCCUGCAUCCGCCCCAUCCUUUGCCACACAACAAACACUCCCACCGGUAUCCACAUCACUAUCAGCACCCAGUAGGGCGGCAUUACUGCCGAUCCCUCAGUAUCGGCGACAGCAGCAGAAGUAGCAGUACCAACAGGUUCUACUACAGCACUAGUAGCAGUUAUUUACCGAAAUUCCUGAUUUUAUUGUUCCUAUCUAUCUGUGAUAACCGAGCGUGUAGAACGCUAACCCUAGCAGAGGCCGCAACCGCUACUGUAGACAGCAGCAGCAGCAGCAGUACCACCGUUCCAAUUCUAACCACUAGUAGCAGCAGUAGUUCAACGAUAACUAGCACAGCUCACAGUAGCACUCAGCUUACCAGUAGUAGUAUUUAUCACACUCAAGUGGAACAUCAUCGGCGGCAAUCGCAGCAGGACGUUUUAGGUGAUAGUGAAAGUGACGCCGUCGCGGCAGCAGCGUCGGCAACGUUCAAUCAAACUAAACUACAAGAGAUUGUCAUGGAGGGACUCGGACUUAGCGAGAUUCCCGAUGCCAGAUCGAUGAAUAUCAGUCAACAAGAAUUUGAAACCAAAUAUCGAGAGUAUCUGGGACGAGUGAACCGACGGGGCAACCUGCAUCGGUUAUUGCAGCAACAGGAGCUUUUUGAGACUGACGGGGGAGAAGGUGAUGAGAAUGGACACUUGUGGGAGACGCGACAUCUCUACAGCUUCCCGAAUUCAGAUCACAAGCUGAAUCACCAGAAGCUUCGGCGCAAGCGAUCACUGAACAACAAUUACGACUUGGUCUAUAUCCGCUUCGAUAUACCAACCAGAAAUUCAACCACCGGUGAGCUUACCGGACUCAACUCUCCUUCCAUAUUCAAAGGGCCGUCUUCCGACGAACAGUCGCAUCACCAUCGGCACCACCAGACGCUCUCGGAACUACCUCCAAUCUCACCAGAGAACAUCGAAGAAUCAUCACUGAAUAUCAUGUUAACCAGAAGACAAAACGGCGAACGUAGCAUAAAUAAUCAUAGUAAACAGCAACUGACACCGUCGCCAAUGGCGAGAACCGAGGUCAAUGAAGAUCUACGGCAGCAUCAACCGAACCACCCCCAUCACGGCAGACGUAAAGGAAGGGUCAAAUUUAAGAACAACAUUCAAAACAAUGACAACGGAAUCGAUACCGGUAGCAGCAGUAGUUAUUCUAAAGGUGCCGGGUACAUAUCGGGAAAAAGUGUUACUUUACAUAUCUAUCAACUGGUUGAACCAUACGAACGACACUGGCUGACAUCAAAAACCAUCCACGUGUCAGAAAUGGCGAUCAAUGAUAAGAAAUGGUACCAUGUACCGCUUGACGAAGCCGUGCGCACUUGGCUCGAUGGCUCUCGUAAGAAUCUCGGUCUGGAAAUCUUUUGCGAAAACUGCUACAACAACGACAUAUUCAUAAUACACGACUCGUCCCCAUUAUUCACCAGUUAUGAUGAAACACCAGUUCUCAAUGUUGUAGGCAAACUGGUACAACGUGAAAAACGAUCCAAAGUGCAACGCUACCGGCCCACCAUGCGAGAUUACCUCUCGCCGCCCAAGUCUACCUCGUGUACACCAAACAACAAACGUUGUUGCCGUCACCCGCUAUUGGUGGACUUUCGCGACAUUGAAGGAUUCGAUUUCAUCAUUCAACCUAAAAUCUUCGACGCCGGUUUUUGUCGGGGGCGUUGCCCGUUGAAAUUCAACCCCGCCAGUCACCAUGCGCUACUGCAAAGUUUAUUGCACGAACACGUCAAAUAUGACGUUCCGAAGCCGUGCUGUGCUCCGUCCCGUUUGGAUCAUAUCGACGUUUUGCAUGCUGACCCGAAAAACCCUCAGCGAUUGAAGGUGUCCACUUGGAGCAACAUGCGCGUCACAGAGUGUGCCUGUUCGUGAUCUGUUGAUAGACCAAGAAACGACCACUUGCAUUUAACAUGGGCUUGGACUUCGAAUCCGAUUAUACGAAUUCCCCUAGCCGAAAACGAUAGUAUUAUUCAUUGCGAAAAAACAAACAAAACGUGUGUAGCCUGUAAGAUUCCAAGUCACAGAAACCAAAACUCACACCGAAGGAUGCAGACACUUUAUGUGAAUCUUAUUUUUAGGACUUAACUGCACUGCAAGAAACAUAAGAGUAGAAGUAGCCCACGCUAGUUUGUACACUUUAGUUAGAGGUUGACAGGUCGUACAGUGCUUCAAAUAUUAAAGUUCCCUGAUUCUAGCGUAGUUAUAUCUUUUUAUUUAUGAAUUAUUUAUUUGUAGAAAGUACAGGAAGCUUUUAGGUUGAUAUGAACAAAAUAGUGGUAGGAUAAGUUUUUCAAUACUGAAUGGAAACACAAGAAAAAAUAAAACUCAUCUUUUAGCCAAAGGAAAUCUAUUUAUGGAGGUAAAUUUUAUUAGCAAAAAUUUUCCAAUGAAUAAAUAUACUGCGUUGUAAAUAUGAUCAAAUGAUGUGUACUACUUUAUUAUUUAUUAUUUCAUCCUCUUUGAAGAAUGCGUAUAUCAAACAAAAUACGAAUUUUUAUGUUUGUGUUCUAUUUGAAAUAUGAGAACAAAAUAAAGCAACUUAUUUUUGAAGCUAUCCGAGUAACGAAACGUAAGAAAAUUUAGGUACAUAAUG